CCUCUUUUUUUUCCUGCUUAUUCGCCGCCUCACGCUGCUGCUUUCCCUUCUCCUUCGAAGGUUUCAGUCGGCGAUCACCUCUUCCCAAUCUCCUCUUCGCAACAAGCCUUGGUUUUUGAUGUUGGACAACGGUGAGGACAUUUUUUAUCUGUUUUAGCGAACCAGAAGUCAAGUUUUCUCUUUAUUCUUCCUUCCGGGUUAUUUUGCUUCUAGGAAUGGCUAAUGAAUGUUGCUCUAUCCAACUGAUUGAUGGAGAUGGUGUAUUCAACGUCACGGGUCUUGAACACUUUAUGAAGUCAGUGAAGUUGGCAGAGCAUGGAUUAUCCUAUGCUGUAGUUUCUGUCAUGGGUCCACAAAGUAGUGGGAAGAGCACUCUAUUAAACCAUUUAUUUGACACCAACUUCCGAGAGAUGGAUGCUUUCAGGGGAAGGUCACAAACCACAAAAGGCAUUUGGUUAGCAAAUUGUGUUGGGAUUGAACCAUGUACAAUUGCUAUGGACUUAGAAGGUACUGAUGGACGAGAACGAGGAGAGGAUGAUACUGCAUUUGAGAAACAGAGUGCUCUUUUUGCUUUAGCAGUUUCUGAUAUAGUCCUAAUAAACAUGUGGUGCCAUGAUAUUGGUCGAGAACAAGCAGCAAACAAGCCUCUUUUAAAGACAGUCUUCCAGGUGAUGCUGAGACUGUUUAGUCCUCGUAAGACCACUUUACUGUUUGUUAUACGAGAUAAAACAAGGACACCUCUGGAAAACCUUGAACCUAUCCUCAGAGAAGAUAUUCGGAAGAUAUGGGAUAACAUUCCCAAGCCACUAGCCCAUCAAGAAACUCCUCUUAGUGAAUUCUUUAAUGUACAAGUUGUGGCUCUUUCAAGUUAUGAAGAAAAAGAGGAGCAAUUCAAAGAACAGGUUGCAAGUUUAAGACAGAAAUUUUAUCAUUCUAUUGCUCCGGGUGGACUUGCUGGCGAUAGGCGUGGAGUUAUACCUGCUUCAGGAUUUUCAUUCAGUGCACAACAGAUCUGGAAAGUUAUAAAAGAGAACAAGGAUCUUGACUUGCCGGCACACAAGGUUAUGGUAGCUACUGUACGAUGCGAAGAGAUUGCCAAUGAAAAACUUUCUUAUUUCUGUAAUGAUGAGGAGUGGCUUCAUCUUGAAGAAGCCACUCAGAAUGAUCUUGUUCCAGGUUUUGGAAAGAAGCUUAGUUCAAUUCUGGACAAAUGUUUGUAUGGAUACGAUUCAGAAGCUGUUUAUUUCGACGAGUCUGUGAGAACUUCAAAGAGGCAGCAACUUAAAGCUAAACUGCUCCAGCUUGUGCAUCCUAUUUAUCAAGCCACAUUGGGGCACGUUCGCACAAAAAGUUUAGAUGAUUUCAAGGAGGCUCUCGACAAGGCUCUUGAAAGUGGGGAAAGGUUUGCUAGUGCUGCAGAUGCAUGUACUCGAUCGAUCAUGUUAAAAUUUGACAAAGGAUGUGAAGAUGCAACAAUUGAACACGCAAGAUGGGACCCCUCAAAAGUUCGGGAUAAGCUUUUGCGAGAUGUUGAUGCUCAUUUAGCUUUAGUCCGUGCUGCAAAACUUUCUCAGAUUACGGCCUUAUAUGAGGAAAAACUCAGUAAGGCUCUUUUGGAGCCGGUAGAGGCUCUCCUCGAUGUAGCAAGUGAUGAGUCCUGGCCAACAAUAAGAAAACUUCUUCAAAAAGAGACGAGUUCUGCUCUUUCUAGUUUUUCUUCCGAACUCUCAACAUUUGAUCUUGACAAUGCAACUGUUAGCAAAAUGUGCAUAAAAUUAGAGGACUAUGCUAAAAGUGUGGUUGAAUCCAAGGCGAGAGAAGAGGCCGGGCGCGUGUUGAUCCGAAUGAAAGAUAGAUUUUCGACAUUGUUUAGUCAUGAUGCUGAUUCCAUGCCAAGAAUUUGGACCGGCAAGGAAGACAUAAAAGCAAUUACAAAAACCGCUCGAUUUGCAUCCCUGAAAUUAUUGUCCGUGAUGACUGCUAUUCGUUUGGAUGAUGAGAAAGACAAAAUUCAGGAUACUCUCUCAGCUGCUCUAUUAGAUGCUUCCAGUGGUGGUGCUACGGAAUCUACAAACAGAAGCAUCCAACGAAUUGAUCGGCUUGCUUCAAGUUCAUGGGAAGAGAUCCCUCCGUCUAAAACUUUAAUCAGUCCUGUCCAAUGUAAAUCAUUGUGGAGGCAAUUUAAAACUGAAACAGAGUAUACAAUUACUCAGGCCAUUUCAGCUCAGGAAGCCAAUAAACGCAAUAAUAGCAGGCUUCCUCCUCCAUGGGCAAUUGCUGCCAUGCUUAUCCUCGGCUUCAAUGAAUUCAUGACACUUCUCAGAAACCCUCUCUAUUUGGGUGUCAUUUUUGUCUUCUUUUUAGUUGGUAAAGCCCUUUGGGUGCAGCUAGACAUAUCAGGAGAAUUCAAAAAUGGAGCUCUCCCUGGGAUCCUUUCCUUGUCGACUAAGUUCCUUCCAACUGUGAUGAACAUCCUUAGGAAAUUAGCUGAGCAAGGCGAAGCACCUGCAGCUGCUGCUAAUCAAAACCAACAGGAGUCCAACAAGAGUGUUGUGAAAGUUAUAAAUGGCGAGUCUUCCUCAGGCUCAUCGUCUACCUUGUCCUCUUCUGAUGGUGGAAUAGAGUACUCUAGUUCACUAAAGCAACAAUAAUACUAUGGUAGCCAAUAGGGCAUUUUUUUUGGUUUUCUCACAUUUGUUUUACUUCUUAUUUUUGUUGUCCUUGUUUUUAUUGAUUUUAUUGAAAAAAAUAUCUUUUUCAAAUUGAUGAAUAACCUUAAAGAAAUAUUAGCACUUCUAAUGUGAUAAUAAAACCUUAAUGUAUUGUAGUUUCUUGUUAUUUUUAAGUUCCCA